AUGUCCGCGCCUAUAUCCUCCGCAACAUACCGUUGCUGCCAGCUUGCAGCUCGAGCACAGAAACGAAGCCUCUCCUCCCAAUGCCUGCGCCUUUCCUCCACAAGCUCUCCCGACCAAGCAAGACGGCGGAACAAUCAAACCAUCUCGAGGGCGACGAGGAGAUGGCAGUCGACCGAUGCGGCGGCAUCAACAAAUCCUAAGAUUACUGGUAUUGUGGACCAAAUAUCGCAGUUGACUCUGCUUGAGACUGCGGAUCUAGUUGCGAGCUUAAAGUCUCGACUGAACAUUCCUGAUAUGGCUUUCGCCGCACCCGCCGCCGCUCCUGGUGCAGGCGGUGCUGCUCCCGCCGCCGUUGAAGAGGAAGAAGCCGCCCCUGCCGCAGCCGAGAAGACCAUGUUCGCCGUGAAACUGCAAUCGUUCGAGGCGACCUCCAAACCGAAGGUCAUCAAAGAAGUCAAGAGCAUGCUCGGCCUCAGUUUGGUGGACAGCAAGAAAUUCGUGGAGAGUGCGCCAAAGGUCUUGAAAGAAGGUGUCCCCAAAGAGGAUGCUGAGAAGAUUGUUGAGACAAUGAAGGCUUUGGGAGCUGUGGUCACUAUGGAAUAA